CCCACUUUCGGUGCAGGUGGUUGCUGUGGUGAGCGUCAUGGCCUCCGAAGCCGAGCUGGCCUGUAUCUACAGCGCACUUAUCCUGUACGAUGACGACGUCGCCAUUACCGAGGAUAAGCUGAAUGCUUUGAUGAAGGCGGCGGGAGUUACUGUGGAACCCUUCUGGCCCGGCUUGUUUGCCAAGGCUCUGAGCAACGUGAACAUUGGCAGCCUGAUCUGUAACAUCGGGGCUGGUGGUCCCGUACCCCUUGGUGCUUCCUCUCAUGGUGGAGCAGCUGCAGCUGGGGUGGCUUCUGCAGCUGCCGAUGCUGAAGAGACAAAGGCCGAGGUGAAGGAGGAAUCAGAGGAGUCUGACGAAGACAUGGGCUUUGGGCUUUUCAAUGAAUAGUCUGAACCUACCAAGAAAGAACAAAGAGCUUCCCAUCCAGUGAUUCCCAACGCCCAAGCCAACCUGAGAUCACCAAAUGGACAGGAAAGGAGAUGCCAUUGUAUGUUUGUCACACUCAAAUCUGUGUCUAUUGAUGUGCAGAUGCUGACCGUGUUGCUGUUGAUGCCAUAUGGAGUGUGUUAUGAGUGACAAUGGAACCACAGGUAUGUCCCAGGUGCUGGCUGGGGAUUUGGGAAUUUGGAAAUUGGAUCUUCCCAUUCCUGCACUCAUCCCUUGCACUUUAAUCUCCUUCUAGCACGUGCCCUCUAAUAGCACGUGGCACAGAGUAGAUGUAACAACCUGCCCUCAAGUGAAUGAAGUCCUGUAGAGAGGGUCACUGGAGAAUUUAAAUGGAGGAGAGAGGGAGGAGAGAUGCUCUCCUCCUCAUGCCCCCUAGUGAAUACAGUCCUGUAGACAGGGUCACUAGAGAUUUUAGUUGGUGGAGAGAGGGAGGGGAGAUGCUCUCCUCCUCCUAUAAAUGCACUGGUCAGAAAGUAUAACAUUCCAUAAUUUUAUUAUCUAUUACAUUUCUAAAGUUUAAGUAUAGUUUUAUUUUUCUUAAUACCUCAAAAUAAUUUAUUAUAGUGCUCUGUGGCUGUGGUUAUGAGCGAGGAGUGCCUCUUGACAGUGGUUGACAGAAGAUGGAGCUAUGCACUUUACUGCAGUUUGCACUGUUUUAACAUUUCCUGUGAUGUGAUUUUACACCUUAGAAAGAUAUUUGCUGCUUGUGUAAGUAACUUGGGGGAACUGUUUUCUUGGCAGCCCUGGGCUAUAACCUCACUGCACUGGGACCUGAUUACAGGGUGUUCCAGCUGCUCUCAGAAUGAAGCCUGUUUCUAUUAGCAAGUGAGGGCGGCCCCUCUGAGCUGAGACGACUCUAUUAUCCAAUGAGAGUGGUCCCUGUGAAAAGAGGCAACUCUACUUUCCAAUGGGCUGCGUUAAAUUGGUAACACUGCAUUUUAAAAAAUAAAUUAAAAUUGACAAUAGCUGUAACUAAACUUUCAACUCUGAAGAAAUCACUGUAAUAUUUGUUUGUACCCUUCACCAGCUGCGACUGCAGAAUGUCUAACGAUGGUGGGGCUAAUACGGUUGAAGCGCCUGUAAUGUGCUGUAGGUUUCUAUGUUCUGUGAAUAUCUGCUAUCCCUUUUUCCAACAAUGUGAAAAUAAAAACUAUAAUUCCCUCA